AUCGAUACUUUUCCCUUUACAUGGAUCAAGUCAAUGAGUCGUCUCUGAGACACUCUUGACUCUUCUUCUCGGAUCUCCACUCCUACUCUCCCCUCGGCGCAUGUUAGAUCUCAUCUCCCUCUCUCGCUCAUCUCCACUCUCUAUCCCUCCCUCCAAAGACAGUGAGACACCCAAACUCUUAUCUUCUGUCUCCCAUCUACCCACCACCACCACAUGACACAGAAGGGCGUAGUUUAGCAGCUUCAGACCCCAACCCCAAGACAGCCAUGGAUCCCACACGGAAAAAGCACCCAAAACCAAAAUCCAGCAGCAGCAGCACCACCACCACCCACAGCCACAACAAGCCCCUCCCCACAACCCAAGGUCCCAUUCCUUCCUCCACACUCAACAAAAUCACCGCCCUCUACUACUCCAGAUGGAAUGCAAACCACAAAGCCCAUCCACCCUCAAAACCCGCAGAUCCACCUCCUCGUGUCGACAUCCAUUUGCAGGCUAAAGCCUUGACACUCUCCGCCAAUGCCGACUCCUUCGACGGGUCUCUCCUUAAAAAUAACCACCCCCUCCACCAACAUGACCAAAAGCCCCGCCACCACCACCACCAUCACCAACAACAACAACAACAACAACGGCAACGGCAACGGCAACGGCAACAGAACGAUAAUCUGUCGACGGAGAUGGAAAAGAAACAGAUUAAAGAGGCGAAAGAGAAAAACAAGGUAACAUCCAAAGAAAAAGAUGAUCCCAGGAGGCCUUCGAUUUCUCUCACGACCGGCAGGAGGAGGUCCUUCUGUGAUUCAAAGAUUGAGAUGAGCGACUUCUUAUCUGGUGUUGGGGCCAAGGUCGUCGCCAUGGACAUGCCACCAUUUAUGCAGAUCCAUGCCGUGAGCUAUGCGCGGAAGGUGUAUGAUAGCUUAGAGAAGUUCACUUCCAAGACCUUGGCUUGUACUCUCAAGAAGGAAUUUGAUGGGGUGUAUGGACCUGCGUGGCACUGCAUCGUGGGGACCAGUUUUGGGUCCUUUGUGACCCAUUCAGUGGGUGGGUUUUUGUACUUCUCCAUGGAUCAUAAGUUGUAUAUCCUCUUGUUUAAGACCACUGUACAGAGAGCUGAUUGAAUGUGAUUGAUAUGUGAGAGAAUUGGAGAGUAGGCCUAAAAUCAUAGAAAAAGCAAAAGCUAUAAAGUAUUGUCUCUUUUGAUAUUUGUAUAUGCAUAUUUAUUUCUGCUCUAUAAAUUGGAGGGGGUUUUCUUUGUUCCA